AUGGCCGCUAACGACCUUCAGCAGUGGGAGCAAAUCAUGGAUCCAUCAAGGGAUAUGGCGUGCGAAUUCAAGAGGCGGAAGACCUGCGACGAGCCUCUGCUGAGCGGGCCCUGGAACAACUUUGGGUUCGCCAAGCCUGAAGGCUUCCAUCUGCCCAAGCUUUCCAAGGAAGCAGCCGUGCGAACGUCUCUUCUGGAGGAGCUUGCCUCAGCCCUGCCUCUACCGAUAGGGCCGUCACCUCAGCGACAAGAAGGCCAGGAGGCUACCGCGCCCUUCGUGGACAUGCUCAUAACUGAGGCUGCAAACCUCCAGAAGCGCACAGAGAACCAUGCACCCACCUUCAGCUCCAGCGGCAGCAGCCUGGUGGACUUGUUCUUCCAGGUGGUGGAGGACAGCAAGUGUACUCUGGUCCAUGAUCUUCUGACCAAGGGCUGGCAGGAGGACCCGCUGGUGAUGCUGCAGCUGAUCGCGCACCUGCGGGACAUCCGUAAUGGCAAGGGGGAAACCGCGCGCUCUCUGGACGCCUAUGUGUGGCUGGCCAUGCACCACCCACGCACCCUGCUCGCCAACCUGCCCGAGAUGGUCAAGUCCGGGUACUGGAAGGAUCUGCUGGAGCUGCUGGUCCGGCUGUGCGUGGGGGAGGAGGAGUGGGCUGCGCGCGCUGAAGCAAUAGCAAAGCGGGUCAAGGGGGCCAAUCAUGCAUCAAGGAAAAAGGCCAAGAAGGAGCGGCUCAAGGAAUGGCGCACAUCUGUCAGGAGCAUCAAGGACGCAGACGGCAGGCAGGCUGCCAAGACUGCCCGUGCGGAAACCAAAGCAGAGGAAGAGAAGACACGAGGGUAUGGUGACAAGGAGAGGAGGCAUGCGGAGCAGCUGGCGGCCAUCGAGAGGGCGCGGCGCAAGUUCAAUGAGGACCCGGUCUAUCGCGCGCUGCACUCAGCCGUGGCGCUGCUGUUUGCUGAGCAGCUGCGACGGGACCUCGCCGACCUGCAUGCUGGCAAGAUGGUCUCCUCGCUCGCAGCCAAGUGGGCGCCCACGCCAAAGGGGCACCACGACAGAGACACGCUAAUCGCGACGACCAUUGCGGAGCUGCUGUACUCCGAGGCUGAGCACCUCACGGAGGGAAUGCCCUACGAUGACUAUGCUGAGCUGGCCAGGCGCUGCUUCCAGAAGGAGUACACCACUGUGCUGCGCAAGGCAGCCCCCGUCACCGAGGACCUGAUGGCAAAGCGCAAGUUUUCAGAGAUCGACUACAGCCGCGUGGCCUCAGUGUGCUUCAAGCGCAACAAGAAGACCUUUAAGUACCACGACAAGGACCGCCUCGUGGAGUACCUGAGCAAGGUGAAAAAGGGGGAGGCCAAGAUCAAUGCCGGUGCCCUCAAGCCCCAUGAGCUCGUAAAGGAGGCCAUGCAGAAGGCUGGGUGUGAGUACAUGGGCUACGGCAACCCAGGCAGUGAGUCUGAGGACGACAAGGCAGGCGAUGAUGAGAUGGACACAGGCAUGGAGGUGGCCGAGGCCCAGUGGAAGGCAUAUGUGCAGAAGCUUCGCGAGGGAGGCGAGCUCAGCAGCGCCAUGGCCAUCUGUGAUGUCUCCGGCUCCAUGCACGGACAGCCCAUGCAGGUGGCCAUUGCGCUGUCACUGCUGACUGCGGAGGUGACCAAGCCGCCCUUCAACAAGAUCAUCUGCACCUUCUCAUCCACCCCUGAGCUGCACCUGGUUAAGGGGAAUACCCUCGUGGAGCAGGUGACCAACAUCGUAAAGAUGAAGUGGGGCAUGAACACAGACCUCAAUGCAGUCUUCACCCUCCUGUUGGAGCGUGCUGUGGCGUCCAAGCUGAAGCCUGAUGACAUGAUCAAGACCCUCUUCAUCUUCUCAGACAUGGAGUUCGACGAAGCCACACGGCCUGGUCAUGACUACGGCUAUGGCGGCUAUGCCAAUGACAGUCCGAGCGACAGCGACAGUGACAGCAAUAGCAGCAGCAGCAGCGACAGUGACGGCGGGGUGGGCCACAUCUCCUCCUACGUUCAGAGGCUGUCUCUACUGGAGCGGCGCAAGCGCGAGGCGACCAACUUUGAGGACGCCAAGGCGCGGUUCGAGGCGGCCGGCUACGCGCUGCCGCAGGUUGUGUUCUGGAACCUGAGGGACAGCAGCGUGGGCGGCAAGAAGUCCACGCCUGUGACCAUGAACGAGGCGGGAGCUGCGCUUGUGUCUGGCUUCAGUGGGCACCUGCUGAAGCUGUUCAUGGAGAGCGGGGGCGAUGUGGAUGCCUGGAAGGACCGCAUGUCCCCCUUCAAUGUGAUGCUGGCUGCCACCCGCGACUGCGGUCGCUACGAGGACUGGAGGGUGCUGGACUGA